GUUUGUAGUUUAUACGGUAUUUGUCAAGUCGUCAGCCAAUGAUGACAGGGAAUGACCAGAGGACCAGUGCUGUGCUCUAGUCUAUUCUAUUGCAUCUUUGAGUUUGAGUCCAUUUUUACUUCUUGCUCAUGUUUUGUCAUCAUAGUCGGUGACAUUUACUCUUGUUCUACCCGUUAAAUGAAAGGUGUCUUUUUAUUGGAACGCUAAUUUGUGUCGAAAGGUUCGUUUUAAUUUGUAAAACUUAAACAAAUGGCAACUUCGAAGUCGACCAACACCUACAACAGACAGAAUUGGGAAGAUUCUGAAUUCCCGAUUUUAUGUCAGACAUGCCUGGGAGACAACCCGUAUAUACGAAUGUCAAAAGAGAAAUACGGUAAAGAGUGCAAAAUAUGUUCUCGACCUUUCACCGUAUUCCGUUGGUGUCCCGGCGCCCGGAUGAGGUACAAGAAGACGGAGGUUUGCCAGACUUGUUCACGGAUGAAAAACGUUUGCCAGACUUGCCUUCUCGACUUGGAAUACGGGCUGCCUAUCCAAGUUAGAGACGCCGCUUUGAAAAUCAAAGAUGACAUUCCUAGAUCUGACGUUAACAAAGAAUACUAUAUUCAGAAUAUUGACAAUGAGAUGAAUAAAUUAGACAAAACUCAACCGGGCUGCGUAGCAGGUGGAAAGAGCCAAGCGGCGAGUGACAUGCUACUUAAAUUGGCUAGAACGACUCCGUAUUACAAGCGAAACAGGCCUCAUAUUUGCUCAUUCUGGGUCAAGGGUGAAUGUAGACGAGGUGAAGAAUGCCCGUACAGGCACGAAACACCCACCGAUCCUGAUGAUCCUCUUGCCGAUCAGAAUAUCAAAGACAGAUAUUACGGAGUUAAUGAUCCAGUUGCAAAUAAAUUGAUGAGAAGAGCUUCGACAAUGCCUAAACUUGAGCCACCAGAGGACAAAACUAUAACUACCUUGUAUGUUGGAAACUUGAGUGAUAAGAUUGGAGAAAAAGAACUUAGAGAUUAUUUUUAUCAAUUUGGAGAGAUACGAUCGAUCACGAUGGUUCCGAGACAAAUGUGUGCAUUUAUCCAAUACGUGAAUCGUAACCCAGCUGAGAGCGCCGCCGAGAAGACGUUCAACAAGCUUAUAUUGGGUGGCAGACGGCUUAAUAUUAAAUGGGGCAAAUCGCAGGGUAGACAGGGCGGCCCAGGUGGAAUCGAAGACGUUUACGAACCGGUCCCCGGCUUGCCAGGUGCUUUGCCGGCACCGCCUGUUGAACUGAGAGACAAUUUUUUCAACUUGCUACCCGGUACGGCAGAGGCUGGAUUGGUCGCUCAGCAGCCUACGAUGAUGACUCCGCCGAUGUUUGCCCCACCACCGCCGCCUCCUCCUCCUGCGCACUUCUUCUUCCCUCCUGCUGCCGGACUCAGGGUUUACACUCCCGCUGCCACUGUUGCUGCCACUCUUUGCCCACCUGGGACUUCUGUGGAGCCUAUCCCUCCUCCACCUCCUGGUACAGUGCCACCAUUGGCGAUUCAUUAUCCUUCUCAAGAUCCACGACGUUUAGGAACUUCAGAAUCUGGAACUCCAAACUAAAUCAUUCUUUGUAAAUAUAUGCUGGAAACAUCUCCUGUUUCAAUAUAAUCUAAUUUCAUAAAUGUGUUUUAUUGUAAUGGUUAUAGUUAAUAGAAAAUAGAUUUUUUUUUUUUAAUCCAA